AUACAUGAAAAACUUAUUGACGUAAAUAUACCAUCUCCACCAACGUAGCAAGAACGUAAUCUAGUUUAACAAAAACUUUUAGAUUGUUGCAUCAGACAAGCCGGAACCCAGUAAUGUUGUGACCCAUUUAAUAUCAAUUCAUAACAGUUUAAGACGCGGACACGUGCGGAGCUCCCGUUAACUUUUUGCUAAUAUUUUAUUGAUAUACAUAAAUAUACGGUUCAUCUAAGAAAAUAUGAGUGUAACUGUGCCGUCGAUUUUAAAAUACCUAAAUAACAGCAACAGUUUUAAUAUCAUGGGUGACAAUGAAAAUGAAGGCUCGUCCAGAGCCAAGAAACGAAGGCUUGAUCACUUAACAUGGGAAGAAAAAAUACAAAGAAAAAAAUUAAAAAAUCGCGUAGCUGCACAGACAUCUCGAGAUCGCAAGAAAGCAAAAAUGGAACAGAUGGAACAGGCAUUGAAAGAACUCUACGAUAAAAAUCACGAUCUGAUGGCCGAAUGCGAACGUUUACGGGCGACCAACGAGAAAGUUUUGGCAGAGAACAGAAAUCUCCACAAUCAGCUGCAACGCGUUCCAUGUCCGAACUGUGGCACGCAAAGUCGGCCUGUUGAGUGCGAUGACCAGAGCGGUUCGACAGAAACCCCGAACCCUCAACCGCAGGGCCUGGUCAGGCACUCAGCAGCGACUUUGAGUCGCCGACAGUCAUCGGUAAUGGCCGUUCAGAAGAUUGCGGCGGCUUACCUUCUUUACCAGAUCUUCUCGAUGAGCUCAACCGCGACGUCGACCUCACCUCGUUGGAAGAAAUCACCCAAAGCCUUCUCGAAGAUAUCGCCGCAGACUUGGAAGCUACUACUCAAAAGACAAAUAGCCAAGAAUCGAGUCAUAUUGCGACGGAAGAACUAUUGGUGGGGCAAACACCAAAAGUCAUGGAAUCCGAUCGAAGUGAAAGGUUAACGAAUACUAAAUCGGAAUUGGAGUCUGAGAUCUCUCAGUAUCUCCUCCUGCAUCAUGACUAUUUUGCGAAACCUCCAGAAUCGAAACUUACAAGAAAAAAAUUGACAACAAAAAAAUCACAUUCACCAUACAAAAAAUCAUCGCCAAAAGAAAAAUCUAAACCAAAACUACAGGAUAUUCUUCCGAAAUCUAAUUACGCCAAUAUCCCAGAAAUUAUUACUAACACUGAAGAUACGUUGUAUGGCAACUUAGAAGAUGGCACACAGUGUAUUGUCAUUGUUAGUGAUGACGAAUUGAGAUUAGAUGAGGCGGUAACGGAAGUUGUUACAUCUGAAAAUGUUUCGUUUUGUUCAGAUGCUAGUUAUUUGGAGGCUCCUAAUAUUACAAGAGAGGCUUUGUCACCAACUCCUAGUUCUGGAUAUGAAUCAAUAGGAUCUCCAAAUAUUGAGGAUGAUUUGUGGGAUGAGUGCGUCUCAGAAUUAUUUCCAUCGCUACUUUAAUUUUUGGUUUAAUUAAAGCAUUUUUCUCAAUGAUACAUUUAUGUAAAUAUAAUGGUGAAAGUUUUAGAUCUUUGUAUUGUAAAUAUAUUUUUUAAGUGUUAUUUCUUUAUUGUAAGUUAUCGAUUUUAAAUAAGCUUUUCAAUAUAGUUGUGAAACAUAUAA